CUUGAAUAUGCAACUCUUCCUGGUUCUGGGGAUAGCUGCUGCAAAAUGAUACUUAAAGUCAUCGAUCCAAACUCCGAACUGUUCAACAAAGCUUUCAAACUUACGUUGCCUGAGGAGGUGGUGACGUUUCCAGAUUUUCUUGUGGAAAGAAGUCGGUAUGAAGCAGCAAUACAGAGGAACUGGACUUGCAGGGACAAGUGUAAGGUUUGGUGGAGAGAUGAAGGGGAAGAAGAUGGUAGUUGGUGGGAAGGGCGGAUUCUAGCUGUGAAACCCAAAUCACCUGAUUUUCCUGAUAGUCCAUGGGAGAGGUACACAGUUAAAUACAAGAGUGACCCUACCGAGACACAUCUUCACAGUCCCUGGGAGCUUUUUGAUGCUGAUACCAAGUGGGAGCAGCCUCACAUUGAUGAUGAGCAACGAAACCGUCUUCUCUCGGCCUUAACAAAGUUA